ACAUGACCCAGAUAUGGAACGCAAAACUCAAAAAAACUAUGAAUUUCUUGUGCGAUGGCGAGUAAAAUGUUCAAAUCUGAAAAAAGAUACUGUUUUUAAGUACACCGAGCAUUUCAAUAAUAAAGAGUUUGUGUUGUACCGUGGGUAAUGCAGUUUAUCACGAGGUACUUGGGUUCGAUUUCUCAAAUUUUAUUUUCUUAGUUUAAUCUAAAAAGUGCAACAAAGUGUACAUACAUCGACUGAUUUAGAAGUAUGCGAGUGUACGAACAUCGAUUAAGGGUUUUGGUUUGAAUAGGUACUCUUUUUUAACUCUUUACAGAUUUAUUUAAAUAGGAGGUUGGUUAGCGAUCUUUAGCAUGUACCAAAAGGAGGUGCCAUAGAUUUUAACUACCAAAAAAUUUAUUGAUACCAACUAUGACGCAAAGAUUGUCUCAAAAUCAUCCGAAAAAUUUAUUACCAAGCUUUUGAAAUAAAAAAUUUCGAACGAAGUUUGUUCUUUGAAUACUUACUUAUAUCUGUUUAUUGAUAUUUAUAUUGUAUUUAUCAAAAAAAUUUAAAAGUUGAAUAAAAUGGACGAGAAUAAUUUGGGAGAUUGUAAUGUUUGUGAGAUUGUUUCUUUAUUAGAUCCCAAAGAUUUUGUUGAUUUAACAACAGUACCUUUUGAUUUCCUUGAAGAAACUUAUGAAGAACGAUACAUUUUCAAUGCAUAUAGAGAUGUUUGUUUAAAACUUAAAGAACAUCAAAUAUUGCACACAGAGCAUUAUGUUUCAUCAUUCUCCAGAGGAAUGGAAAAGGAAUUACAAGCUUGAUAGAGAUUCUAAAUGGUUCAGGAAAGACACAUCAAAAAAACUCAGUUUUUCUUUGACUGGAAACAAAAAUAUGAUAGUGUCUAGAAAGUACGUCUUGACUAUACCAGAUAUUACUGUGCACAGAAACCAUUUAAUUGGCAUUGCAGCAGCAGGUCUCAUUCAACCUAUUUCAGACAAACUUAUUAUCAAAAUUGGAGAACUAGUUAAAGUUGGAGUAAAUACUGUAACAGAGAUGAGGCGGCAUCUGGAGAACUUUGUUCUUACCAUUUUUAGUUCAAGAAGUAUGCCAAAUAAAUCAAACAAACGCUUUUUCCCGUUGGAUGAAACUAUCCGCAACCAUAUGCUAAAAGCUAGGAAAAAAAUGUGUCACUCCCUAAUAGACCAAGAGUGUUUAAAUAAAAAGGUAGCAGAAUGGGCAAAAAAUUAUAAAGAAGCUUUUAUAAAGUUUCGUCCCGAAGGUUAAAACAAUUCAGAAGACAAUAAUCAAGACCUUCAAAAGUCCUUGCUGUUCAUUUUUCAAGAUAAAUGACAAAGAAGGUUACUUUUGUGUUAUGGCAAUGAGUUAUUAUUUCUUGAUGCAACAUACCAAACUACUCAAUAUGCACUUCCUCUUUUCUUCCUAGUUUUAAAAAUAAAUGUUGAUUAUCAAAAAAAAUAAAUGUUGAUUAUCAAAUAGUUGCCAUUUUUGUAUGUGAAAAUGAAACAACAGAAGCCAUUAAAGAAGCACUAAUAUUUAUUAAAAAAUGGAAUCCUUCAUUCCAACCUAAAUACUUUAUGACGAACUAUUCAAAUAAAAAGAUAAAUUCACUUGAGUCAGGUAAAACUUUUUGUUAUAAAAGAUAUUUUUUUAAGUAAAGAUUCAACAUUUAUUUCAUUUGGAAAGUCAACCAUUUUGUUAUGAAAAAUUGUUCUUAGUUAAAGAAAUUAUUAAUAAAAAGUAUUUAUUCCUACAAAUAAACUUGCCCUUUAAUUUAUUAUUUAGCUAUUUUGUUUAUAAACCUUUGUAACUGAAAUGUUCACCUUGUGAUAUUUGCACUACUAUCAUAUCAUUGAUAAUAAAAUAUCUGUGUAUAAUAAAGAUAUAAGAGCUUUUAUAAAAUUUAAAGUCAAGUAGAAGAAAAAAUUUAUCUUUAUUUUUUUUUAUUCUUAAAAAAAACUCAGUUAGCUAAAAUAUAUAAAAAACUGGUUAUAUACUAAUUACUACAUUUAUAACAGAAACUGCUUUUUUGUUUUGUUUUAUAAAAUUCAAAAACCAAAAAAGUAGUAAAAUUUGUUGACUAAAAAAAGUUCAUUUUAUCAAAUUAAUUACUUCUUAUUGUUCAUCAAUAAUGAAUAAAUACUUUCUUUAAACAAGUUUUUUAUGGAGUAUUGUUGUCUUUUUAAUGUAGAAUGUAGUGUAUUUAUUUGCGAUUUUCAUCGUGAGCAAGCUUGGGAGCGUUGGCUAUCGAAAUCCAGUAAUGGGUGUUUAAUUGUCAAGGAAGAUGUCAAGAUUAUGUUACGUCAAAUAGCUCAUUCAAAAACAAUUGAGAUUUGUAAAGAAGCUGAAAAAGCAUUAAAAGAUUCAUCUGAGUAUAAUAAUCAUCCAAAACUAAAAGAGUAUUUAAAAAAUACUUGGUUGUAUAUCAAAAAGGUCUGUGUUAAUGUUUUUGAGAAUAUAAAAUAGUUUAGUUUUCCUAAAACAUGCAACUACACUGUUAAAAAAUUCUCCGUAGAUUCAACGGAGAAUGUCCGGCAGCCAAGAAGACAGCACUUUCUCCGUAACAAUUAACGGUUUCCGUAGUUUCUUUUUUCCGUAAAAUUCAACGGAAAAAGUCUGUUAAAAAAGAUACAGGACUUUCUCCGUAAAAUUUACGGUUUCCGUAUUUCAUUUUUUCUGUACAAACGUACGGAGAAAGUCAGGCAGCACUUUCUCCGUAAUACUAACGGUUUCCGUAUUUUAAUUUUUUCGUAUAAAUUUACGGAAAAACUCCGUUAAUUCAUCAAAUAGACAGUUCACUCACGAGUUUACGUGAAAGUAAAAAAUAAAUGAAUAGAAUUUAUACGUUGUUAUAAAAAUGUAAUUCAAAUAUUAAGACUCGUGAAGUAAUUAAAAAUUAUAAUAUAAUACAUAUCAAA